GGGAGUAAUGUCAGUCAGCGCCGAGGUCUGAAGCUUGCGCACUACGGACGGACACCAUGCGGAGCCGCAGUAACUCCGGCGUCAAACUUGACAACUAUGCGCGGAUGGUGCAAAAGACUAUCCUCUGUCAUCAGGACCCGGUGACUGGGCUUCUUCCUGCCAGUGAUGACAGCCCUGAUGCCUGGGUUCGAGACAACGUGUACUGCAUAGUGUCCGUGUGGGCACUGAGCUUGGCUUACCGCAAGAAUGCUGACCGCGACGAGGACAAGGCCAAGGCCUACGAGCUGGAACAGAGUGUGGUCAAGCUCAUGAGGGGUCUCCUGCAGUGCAUGAUGAGGCAGCUGGAAAAAGUGGAGAAAUUCAAGUACAGCAAGAGCACCUUGGACUGCCUGCAUGCCAAGUACAACACCUACACCAGUGCCACCGUGGUGGGCGAUGACGAGUGGGGGCACCUGCAGGUGGACGCCACCUCCAUCUACCUGCUCUUCCUGGCACAGAUGACUGCCUCAGGGCUGCAUAUUGUGUACACUCUGGAUGAAGUGGACGUCAUCCAGAACCUAGUGUUCUACAUCGAAGCAGCAUACAAAAUAGCAGACUUCGGGAUGUGGGAACGAGGAGACAAGACAAACCAGGGGAUUCCAGAGAUGAACGCCAGCUCAAUCGGCAUGGCCAAAGCUGCGCUGGAAGCCCUGGACCAGCUCAACCUGUUCGGGGCCAAAGGAGGUCCGGAGUCCGUGGUCCACGCUUUGGCUGAUGAGGUCCAGCACUGCCAGUCUAUUCUCAGCUCCAUGUUGCCGAGAGCUUCUACCUCUAAGGAGGUGGAUGCUGGUGUGCUGUCCAUCAUAUCGUACCCUGCCUUUGCGGUGGACGACAUCGACCUCGUUAACAUCACUAAGGAGGAGAUCAUCUCCAAGCUGCAGGGCAGGUACGGAUGCUGCCGUUUCCUGAGAGACGGACACAAAACCCCGAAAGAGGACCCCAGCAGGUUGUACUAUGAGUCUUCAGAGCUGAAGCUGUUUGAGAACAUCGAAUGUGAGUGGCCUGUGUUCUGGGCCUACCUGAUCCUGGACGGCAUUUUCUACAACAGCCCAGAGCAGGUGAUGGAGUACAGAGAGGCUCUGGAUGCCAUUCUGAUCAAGCAGAAGGAUGGUUUGCGGGUGAUGCCUGAACUCUACAGCGUCCCUGCAGACAAGGUCGAUGAGGAGUACGUGAACCCCCACUCGGUGGAGAGGGUGCCCAUGGGAAAAUGCCCUCUGAAAUGGGCACAGUCGCUGUACAUCCUGGGGAACCUGCUGGCCGAGGGCUUCCUGGCCCCAGGAGAGGUUGACCCUCUGAACAGGAGGUUCUCCACCAUCCCCAAACCUGAUGUGGUGGUUCAGGUGUCGAUUCUGGCAGAGAAUGAGGAGAUUAAGCAGAUCUUGCAGAAGCAGGGGAUUGACGUGGAGACCAUUGAAGAAGUCCAUCCAAUCCGAGUCCAGCCCGCCAGGGUUCUGAGUCACAUCUAUGCAAGACUAGGCCGGAACCAGAGGCUGGGACUGACCGGACGGCCGUAUCGCCAUAUCGGAGUUCUGGGGACAUCCAAGUUCUACUUUAUCCGAGACACCAUCUUCUCCUUCACCCCUCAGUUCAUGGAUCACCAGCAGUUCUACCUGGCGCUGGAUAAUCACAUGAUUGUGGAGAUGCUGCGUACCGACAUCUCGUACCUGUGUUCUUACUGGAGGAUAACCGGUCGCCCCACGGUCGCCUUCCCUGUGUCACAGGGCAUGCUGACUGAAGACCAUAAAGCUGUGAAUCCUGCAGUGCUGGCCGCUUUAAAGAAGCUGCAGGAAGGCUACUAUGGAGGAGCCAGGGUGCAAACAGGGAAGCUGUCAGAGUUUCUGACCACUGCCUGCUGCUCUCACCUGACCUUCAUGGACUGUGGUAAGGGGCGUGGCUACAGCAGCACCACGGACAGUGAUGACGGCGUUUUCGUGUCGCCUGGCAGCGAGGCCUGCGUGCAUGAGUUUGAACUCCGUGAUGAGGUGGAUGACCUGGCACAGUACCUGGAUCAGCUGCUGUCGUUGCCUAAGGAGGGCGUGAAGAUCAGCGCCACCAAGGGAGGCCUCAACCGCUUCCGUGCCGCCGCCAAUAAGACCCGCGAGAUGGUGUCCCUGGUGCACAAGGCCAGAGAGCUCAACAUCCACAAUGUUCAUAUGUACCUCCCGACCAAGCUGUUCCGCUCCCAUCAGCCCCCACUGAACCUGGUGGAUUCUGGGAGUCAGGCCACGCCCACCCCGUGUAACCUGCCCAGAGACGUGAACGGGGGCAUUGAUUACCAGGCCCUGGUGCAGAUGCUGAAGCAGUCUCAGAACCUGCAGGACCAGGCUGACAUCCUCUACAUCUUCUUCAAGGACAAGGGGAUGGACUGGGACACUAAGAUGAGGGGGCGUGGCAGCACAGUGCGGAAGCUGUUAAUGGAGCUGUAUGAGAAGGCGGGAGCCCUGCGGCACUGGGGUCUCAUCCGCAUGAUCUCCGGCAUGCUGAGGAAGAAGGUGGAGGAGCUGGACGGGGCCUGCUCUGACUUGCUGGCACACCAGAAGCACCUGACUGUGGGCCUGCCCCCUGAGCCCCGAGAAAAGACCAUCACAGCUCCCAUGCCCCCGGACAAGCUGGCGAAGCUGAUCGAUCAGGCCAGUGAAAACAACAUCACCAUCUCCAUUCUCACCCAGGAGAUCAUGGUGUUCCUGGCAAUGAUCAUUCGCACGCAGCCCGGCCUGUUCAGCGAGAUGUUCCGCCUGAGAAUCGGCCUCAUCAUCCAGGUUAUGGCCACCGAGCUGGCGCAGUCUCUCAGCUGCUCAGGAGAGGAGGCCACUGAGAGGCUGAUGAAUCUCAGUCCCUCUGAGCUGAAGAACCUUCUCCAUCACAUCCUGAGUGGAAAGGAGUUUGGAGUGCAGAAGAGUGUGCGCUCCGUGGGGAAUGCUGUUAGCCCGGCCAUCUCCAUCUUCGAUGUGAGCAACACAGGAGUCACCAAGAGUGAGAGAGCAGGAAUCAGCAAACUGAAGAGUGAAAUAAAGAUGAUGGGGCAGCGCAGGUCCUCCUGUUCGGACUGCAGUGAGGUGCCCAUGUCUGUGCAUUCACUCGACAUAGAGAACAUUGAAUCGGGGAGGUACAGACUCCCCUCCAUCCAGUCGUUUGAGGGCGCGCUGAGCACGGUCCCGGUGAAGGACAGCCGGCAGGGCCAGUGGCUGCGCCGGAGGCGACUCGACGGCGCCCUCAACAGGGUGCCCGUGGGAUUCUACCAGAAAGUGUGGAAAAUCCUGCAGAAGUGCCAUGGCCUGUCCAUCGAGGGCUUCGUUCUCCCAUCAUCCACCACCAGGGAGAUGACUCCCGGGGAGAUUAAGUUUGCGGUGCACGUGGAGACGGUGCUGAACCGCGUUCCGCAGCCUGAGUACCGGCAGCUGCUGGUGGAGGCCAUCCUGGUGCUCACCAUGCUCGCCGAGGUGGACAUCGACACCAUGGGCAGCAUCAUCCAGGUGGAGAAGAUCGUGCACAUGGCAAACGACCUGUUCUACCAGGACCAGAAAGACCUGGGAGCAGAUGAACACCUGUUGGAGAAAGACCAGUCCAACGGGAUCUGCAGGCAGCUGUAUGACAGCGCCCCCAGUGGCCGCUUUGGCAGCAUGACCUACCUCUCUAAGGCUGUGGCCACCUACGUCGAGGACUUCCUGCCCACUGGCUCCUGUGCCCUGCAGUGAGGGGAUGUCAUUGGACAGCAGUCUGGGAUCCAAGCAGGGCAGCCAAUCAGAGUUCCUGACACCUGAGAACCCUGCUCAUCUGUGCUUCACACAGGGACACUGGGAGGUGUAGUGUUAAGCAGACACGUUGAUGAAUAAAGAUUGCUAGUGUUUAUUAAAUUUAUGUUUCAGUCCCCCCCGAAAUGGAGGAGUGGCUCCGUGUACAGCAGAUGCUCGCAUUUAUGUAAAGCAGUUAGUUUUGUCCUGACACCUUUAAGCUUGUGAUCCAAGCACUUCUAGAGAGGUGGAUCAUCGCAUGUUCAUAGAUGAAAGGUUUUUCAGAGGAAAGGAUGCAGACAUGCUCUUAAGCAAUUCCAAUCACCCUCUGUAAUCAUCGCAGCAUGAAUAAUAAUGACAGCAAAAAUCAAAGAAAUGAAUGAAAAUGUUAUGUUCCUUAAAGGCUUCAUUCAAAGGGAACGCAGAAUAUACAGUAAAGACAAAUCUGUGAAAUCUGUGGUACGUACAGUUGAGCCGAUCUUACCUCUAUGACUUUUUAAAAUGAUAUUCCCCCUGUAUGCAAACAUGUCACUGCAACAGGAGCACUGAGGCACAAAUCCAGUGCUCUGACAUACUCCCACACAGCCAGCAGCAGCUUUCACACUACAACUCCCAUGGUGCACUGUGGGAAAGGAAAUGCCAGCAGGAUGGUGGGUAGAGCGCCACUGAUCUGAGUGGCUUUUUAGUGCCUGAGGAAUCGCAGGGGAGGAUAUCUUGCCAGUGUGCCCACCCACCCCUGUCCCCAGCAGCUCCGAGCCAAUCAGUCCCGCCGCUGUGGGCUCCCAUUCACUGGUGGCAGACGACAUCAAGCUUGCUGACCUGGCCACUCAGGAGCCCAUAGGACUUAUUUUAAACAAAAUUAUUCAAAUUCUGACUGCCUGUCUGUAGAGACAUUCAUGUGAAACAUAUUAACCGGAAUGUUUGUCUUUGUGUGUGCAUGUUUUGGUUUUAAAUCUUAAAGCUGCUUGAAAUGUUUGAAAUCUGUUAUUAUAAAAUAAAUCUGAAAAUAUGCAACAGCUGCAUUUUUCAUAACGGGUCAUAAUCAUUGGAUUGAUUGGAAGCAGUGUGGUAUAGCAGGUUUAUGUGACAAAAUUAUGUUCACAAGAAAAAUGAACAUCAGUUCCAAGAAGGCUAUGCAAUUGCUAUUGCUAUUGCUUGGUUUGGUUAUUUGAAUCAAUGCUGUGCAGGUUCUGCAUUUUCACUGCUCUGUAAACCAUCAGCAUAGAUCUUCAUCUUCACUGGGCCAUCUGAUCCACACUCUAUAGAGCACUGACCCAACAAGAACAUGGUUUAAACCAAUUCAGAGUCAGACUCUAAACUUCUGGUGUUGAGUUUCUCAUACCUGGUGUGGUGCAUAAUCUGUGUUUACACAGGAUUAUUCUGGUUAAAUGCUUAAUGUUAUGAGCAUCCAUUACAUGUGGGAUAUUACAUAUAAGCAUAUUAUAUCUGUUCCUAAGAGAAAAAAGAU